GCUGUAGAUAAUCACCAGUAGCAAGAUCUUUAUUUCAAGAGGAUAGUACAUUGGUCUGCUUCAUUUUAUUUCCUUUUGUGUCCUCGCAGACCAUAAACGAAAGUGGGUGCGCGCGUCUUACUUACGACGAGUAUAUAAAACAGAAACAAAAGAGUUGAUACAAAAGAAGCUGAGAAUCAAACUAUCCACCCGGAAAGUAUAGUUUCAGGUUUGUCUGCUGGAAAUAUUGGAACUACUCCCUGCCAAGAUGGAAUUCAGCAGAUCGGCAGAUAUCAGUGAAUCGUCAGAAAGAGAGAGAGGCUGGGUAGAACUGAACCAGCUCACAGCUAGAAGUGCAGCAGGAGUGUCCAACUUCGAUGUUUUCAGAGAAGCAGAAUGCAUCAAACAAGAAUCAAGACAAUUCAUCAAUUGCGAUGCUGGUUCUGCUUUGGAACAAUCGACAGAAGCUGAGAAGGAAAUGUAUUCCGGCCUUGCCGACAAACUGAGAAUAGAAAUGGAAGAAGCGAAUGUUGAGCGGGUGUUUAUUGAUCUUGCUAGAGCCAAGGCUGAGAGAGAGUAUACAGAAAUAAAAGCCCAAAGAGAGGCAGAGGCUGCUCAAUUUGAUAGGAAAAUAGAAACCACUAGUAGUAAGAUCAGGUCGCUAUCCAAAGAACUCAAUGCUGCCAAGGAGCUCGAAGCGGAGCUUAUGGCAACAUAUCAGGAUUUGAAUGCCCUGCAGAAUGAGAUGGAGUUCAUAAAAGUGAUGGAGAGAAGUUCUGAGAACAAGCGUUUGAGUGAUAAACUCGAGUUAGCGUCAUCUCAGGCAGAAUUGGAGGCGGCAAGGAAAGAGCUUCUAUCUCUCCGAGAAGAGGGAUUUAAGCUAAUGGCUGAAAUGGAUAAUAUAAGAGGAGAAUCAAUAGAGAUUGCUGAAGAGAGAGAGCAGUUGGUGAAGUCUGGAAAGAAAAGAGAAGCCGAUCUUCGGUCCGUCAACUCAAAUCUUCACAAAGCCAUUUCUAAACUUGAAUUGGCAGCCUCAGCCGAGAAGAGGGCUGGCGCUGUUGUUGCGAAUCUUUCAACAGCACUGCAGCAACUUCAGUCGGAUGUUGCCGUGGCGAAGCGAGAAGCGGAGUUGACUAACCAGGAAGUAUCAGCAAUACAGGAAGAGACUGCGCAGAUGUACUUGACCAUUAAAUUUUAUGAAGAAAGACUCCGAGAUGCGGCAAAGGAACUCGAAGCAGGUAAGGAGUUAGAAGCGGUGGCUCUCGAGCAGUUACAGACACUAACCGAUAGUACAAUGAGAGAGAGAGCGAUCGCCGCUCUUUUUUGUUCGACGAUAACUCUGUCCAGGUUUGAGUAUUACUAUCUGAUCAACCAUGCAAGGUCGGCCCAAGAAGUUGCUGACAUGAAGGUGGCUGCGGCUGAGGCAUGUACCGAAGCAAUUCAAGCUAGAGAGAAGGAGAUGCACUUUUUGAUGGCCGAAACUACUCGGAGGGACGACUUCAUGAGGCGGAAGAACAAGAAGACAGAGGAAAGACUGACGAGCUCGAGAGAACACGAUCAGGAGAGAGAAUUAGCAGAGCCAUUAAAGCCUAAGCUUGCGAUAGCAAUGCCAAGAAGGUCGAUUACUCUAGGCCGUGGUGGUUUAGCCGCUAUGCAACCGAGAAGAUCUAUUACCUUAGCUGGUGGCGUAGCAGUAGCGGGAGAGUCAGGAACGGUAAGAAAGGUUAGAAGGUCAUCAUCACUUUUGCCGACGACACGGAGCAGCACCACCAGACCUCAGCCAGCAUUCGCCUCCAGGAGAAAGGUGGUGGUGCACAGACUUGUUAAUUUCUUGAGUUGGAGAGUUAGAAAGAACUAGGGAGGACAAUGUAUUCUGGGAGCUUAAUUUGGAUGUUCGAAAUCUCUUCUGGAGUGGUGUAGUGCAACGUAUAUUGCUCGUUUCUUCCUUUACUUGUUACCCGUUGUCGCCGAGCAAAUUAAUUACGGCCUGUACAUGUUUGUUUGAUUUUAUGUACAAUGAUAUUUCGUGUAAAAUUAACUCUCGGGUUGAAAAUUU